UUAUAUAAAAAUACUAUAUUGGUUAGCGGUAGUUAUCACUGAGUGUCAAUAGUUAUUACAUAACCCCUGGUUAGUAAUUUUAUCAGUUAAUUAAAAUGGCCUGCUACAAAUUCUGCCGAAAGUGGACAGUUGUCAUCUUCAACUUAAUAUUUUUGAUCGUCGGUUUCGUUUUAGUAGCCUUAGGAACAUAUUGGAAAAUUAAAUACAGCCAUUUACAUGCAGUCAUUCCUUCCACCUACUCGUAUUAUGCGAGCGCACCUCUUUUACUAAUAAUUUUAGGAAGCGUAAUCGUCGUCAUUUCACUCUUUGGAAGCAUUGGAGUUUGCCGAAAAAACCCUCCUAUCCUAACCACUCACACUAUAAUUCUUCUCGUUUUCUUCAUCCUUCAAAUAAUUCUAAGUGGCGUGAGCUUCUGGGUCCUGAGCCAGGACAAUUUGCGAGAAAACGUUUACAACAACGUGGGAAAUCUCUACAAAAGUGACAAUAACACAGAACUGAUUAACUUUAUUCAAGACGAAUUAAACUGCUGCGGACCAGACGGCAUCACAUCCAUUAAAAACAUGACAAUUAGCGCAUAUAUUCUAAAAAGUUGCCACAAAAAUCAUGACCCCACCACACUCGCUUUUAAAGACGGGUGCAAGAGAGCCGUUUACAAUUUCAUUAUCUUAACUAUUAGGGGGAUUGGGACCACGAUACUGGCCCUAGCACCGAUUGAAGUUGUUGGGGCUACACUCUCGCUAAGUCUCGCCAACGCAAUCAGGAACCAAAGACGGAGGUACGGACAAUACCUGGACUGACGUUCUCUAAUUUACACUUUCUGUAUCUUCCUUGAUUAAAGUUUGCGAAUCGGUGCUUGAUUCCAAAAACUCGAUUUUACUCGUUGCGUAAAACCUCCGAAAGUGGUGGAAAAAAAUCGCCGCUAUUCCCUGAAAUUAAAUUACAGUCCCAACAUUUCCAAACUUGUGACCGACCCACUUUAAGCACGGACACAACGACCAUAAAAAGCCCAAUAUUUGUAGCGCCACCGAUUAAAAUGUUCCUAACGGGCGAUUCAAACUUAUAAGACAGGAGAAAUAUCCCGAAUAUUGAUUCGACAAGUGAGACCGCUGAAACUAUGAAAACAUACUGGGAAAAAUGUUAGUGGCCACGAAUGUAAAAAACCACUAACUGCUCUUAGGAGGUUCAAGCGCUUCUCCAUGGCGCCAAAAAAUCCCAAAAAAUAGUUCGCCAAGAGGAUUAUUCCCAAAAUAUUUGUCAAAAUCGGGACCCAAAGCGGGGAGGUUUGGCCCAUGAGGUCAAUCGUCGCAGUUGCGAUAAAUAUCCCAGCCACGCCCUGGAAAAAUAAUAAAGAGAGGGAAAAAUCGGAAAAAAUUACCAAAAACAGAAAAUUCAAAACCAUGCAAGUCCACAGAAUAAAUCGUUUAUUGAAAAUCAUUUCACACAAGUUUUUGCUCCGUGCAAAGGUUCAUGUAAAGUACUCGUAUAUUCUUAUUAUAUAAUAUAAGUUGUAAACAGUCUAGUUUAGGCAGACAGGAAUACACACAAGAAUAAUUUUGGAAAAAUACUUCUAUGUCUAAUAGUAAUCAUUCCUUCGGAGGGCGUUUCGCGCUGAGUUCGCCAAACACAAGGCAAACGUGGCCCCCACAACCUAGAACCAUUUUUAUUGGAGCUCUUACCAAAAACCACUUACUUCAGUGACCGCCAAGACCAAAACAACAAUCCCGAUAAUCCUGGCAGCAUCCAUCAGGAAAUUAUAGAACGCUCCUUGGCACCCUUCCUGGAACAAACCCUUUAGGUUUUUUUGGUCCUCGUAACAGGAAGACGGGAUGGUUUUAUUUGGCGUAGUGGCCCAAAAACUUGGCCCAUCGGUCCCACAACACUUUAUAUCUUGCUGGAUCAAGUUGAUAAGUUCAACAUCGGCUUUGGACGUCUUGUGGAACACUUCAUCUAUAGUCUUAUUAACUUCUUUCCCCAAGUCGUCUGUGUUUUUAAUUUCCAAAAACGCGAACACUCCGAUCGCUAUCUGGGCUAUGAAGAUGAUGAGGAGGAUCACAGCGUACUGAAAGCAAGAUUGUAGUGACUUUCACGCUUGGGGGUUCCCACCGUGGAGAGGAGACACGGGCUGUUCCUGCAGGCGCCGCAGCAGCCGAAGAACGAGAUCAGGAAAAUGAUAGAGCCGAUGACGAUUGUCAGGAUGGGGAUGAGAUUGAAGUGGUCGUAGGGGUCCGGGAUGGCCUUAGUGAUGUCGUUUAAGUUGGCCAAGUAGAGGCUGCCUAGGGUGAUAAGAGCGGCCCCCACGAGC